UAAUCAUUAAAUGUCUUACGUCGGCUUUUUACUUACGUGUUAUGUUUGUUGAUUUAUUUAGAAAAUCUUCUAUUAUUUGUAACUUAAAAUGAAAAUCUUGUAUAUUUUGUUUCUUUUGUGGCAUGUUGCAAAAUGUGAUGAACACACACAUACAUAUAAAGAUCGCGAACAAGUGGUGCUUUGGAUGAACACUGUGGGUCCCUACCAUAAUCGCCAAGAAACUUACGCAUAUUUCUCACUGCCAUUCUGCGCUGGUACGAAAGUAACCAUUGGUCACUACCACGAGACGUUAUCCGAAGCUUUACAAGGUGUCGAACUAGAAAUAAGUGGGUUAGACAUAACUUUCAAAGACAAUGUACCAGCCCAGCAAUUCUGUGCCAUCGAACUCAAUGAGCAGUCGUACAAAGCUCUCGUCUACGCUGUCAAAAACCACUAUUGGUAUCAAAUGUACGUGGAUGAUCUGCCGAUAUGGGGAAUCGUGGGCGAAAUAGAUGGUAACAAUUAUUACAUUUGGACGCACAAAAAAUUCGACAUUGGUUAUAAUGGAAAUCGAAUUGUGGAGGUAAAUCUCACAGCCGAAAAUAAAGAACGACUGAGACCGAACGCGAACAUCCCCUUUACAUAUGAAGUUAACUGGAAGAAGAGCAAUAUCAAAUUCGAAGACCGCUUUGACAAGUACCUAGAUCCAAAUUUCUUCCAACACAGGAUUCAUUGGUUCAGUAUAUUUAACAGUUUUAUGAUGGUAAUAUUCUUGGUGGGGCUCGUGUCCAUGAUACUUAUGAGAACUCUUCGUAAGGACUAUGCUAGAUAUUCAAAAGAUGAUGACCUUGAUGAUCUAGAAAAAGAUUUGGGUGAUGAGUAUGGUUGGAAGCAGGUCCAUGGGGAUGUAUUUCGACCCGUCCCUCAUUUGGCAAUGUUUUCAGCACUCAUAGGAGCCGGCCAUCAGCUGACGGUUGUGACUUUAGCAGUUAUCAUUUUCACAAUUUUUGGUGAGCUAUAUACUGAAAGGGGUUCCUUAUUGUCCACUGCCAUUUUUAUCUAUGCAGCGACUUCUCCUGUAAAUGGGUAUUUUGGUGGAUCACUUUAUGCAAGAAUGGGAGGUAGACUGUGGAUCAAGCAGAUGCUGCUCUCUGCAUUCUUGUUGCCGGUGCUGGUGUGCGGUACAGCCUUCUUCAUCAACUUCAUAGCCAUGUACUACCAUGCGUCUAGAGCUAUUCCUUUUGGUAGUAUGAUUGCUGUAAUGUCAAUUUGCACAUUUGUGAUUUUACCACUAACUCUGGUCGGGACUGUUCUAGGCCGCAACUUGGCCGGCCAGCCUGAUUAUCCAUGUCGCAUUAAUGCUGUCCCGAGACCGAUUCCCGAGAAAAAGUGGUUUAUGGAGCCACUUAUAAUCAUUAUCAUGGGAGGAGUCCUUCCAUUUGGAUCUAUAUUCAUUGAGAUGUACUUCAUUUUCACAUCAUUUUGGGCUUACAAAAUCUACUAUGUGUAUGGUUUCAUGUUGCUGGUGUUCUUGAUCCUGAUGAUUGUCACAGUGUGUGUAACUAUUGUGUGUACUUACUUCUUGUUGAAUGCUGAAGAUUACCGUUGGCAAUGGACAAGCUUCCUCUCUGCGGGUAGUACUGCAAUUUAUGUGUAUCUCUACUCAUUCUACUACUUCAUAUUUAAAACCAAAAUGUAUGGUUUGUUCCAAACUACUUUCUAUUUUGGCUAUAUGGCAUUGUUCAGCUUGACCCUGGGAAUUAUUUGUGGCACGGUCGGGUACAUUGGUACCAGUUUAUUUGUGAGGAAGAUAUAUUCUACUGUUAAGAUUGAUUGAAUGUUGUGUACCUUGGAUAAUUACUUUUUUCAAUUAUGUGAUUUUGUAUGUUAAAACCUUAGGCAAUUAAAAUUUGCUAGGAAGACCUAAAUAGGAUGAUCUAAUAUUCUAGACAUUUUGCACAGCCAAAUUUCAUGCAUUCCUUUGAAAUUUGCAUAAUCAAAGAUGAAUUUGUUGUCUUUUAUUCAUAUUGAUAUUAACUACUCUAUUUAUUAAUAUUUUAGAAUAUGGGUCUAAUCUAAGUCAGCAGUAUAACGAAGGUUAGAUUUUAACAAUCUUCAAUAAAAGUACUUUAGUUUGAUGUGUGUUUUUCUAUACUGACAAUUCCUUGUUGACAUAAGUUAUAAUUAUACUAAAAAAGCUUUAUUAUAUUUACCUAUCAAGGUAGUCUUGUUAUUAGAUUUAUUACAUCAAUUAAAAGUCUAGCUCUCAGCCUUGAUUGUGCCAGUGUAAAUUCUCAGUUAUAAUCUUUAACUCCAAGCAAGCUAAAAUUGUAUAUCUUAAAGUAAGACAGUUCUCUAAGCAAUUUUAAUAAUAAAUAAACAGACAUAUAUACACAUGAAAAGUUAUGUUAUGAGCUGUUUUAGGAAAAAAUUUAAAUUUACUAUCCCGGCCACACUUACAAGCAUUUAAAACAUAUUAUAUUUCCAUUUUUAAGGCUGAUGAUGAUGUUGAUGAUUAAAUUACCAAUCUUUGUCUUCGCCAUCAAGAUUUGCUGUUCAUUGUUAACUUCUUAUUGGUAAUCAUGUAAGUUUGGUGCCAAUCCAUGAUUAUGGUACCAGGUAUGUUGGACUGAUGAUUGAAAUAGACAUGGUAAUUUCUCCACUGCCAACAUAAACCAGUCGUAUUUUGCCUCAAUUUGUCAUAACAGGUCAUCACCCUCCUAUUAAAAAGUGGAUGCACAAACAGCCACCAAAAAUUCACCAAACACAACUUCUUGGCACUCAAUUCAAGUAGUCACUUAUGCAAAUUCAACCUUAAACUCAAUACUUAAGGUUGAAUUUGCUCUGAAAUUGGGAUUUUAUUGAAUAUUAGACUAUACUUAAAAGCCUUUAGGUAUAAUUUUUUUUACCAAUAAUUCUAAAACUGUCAAACCAAACUUUGUCAGUUUUUGAGUCAAAUUUUCUAUAUGAUUGUGCAUCCUUUUAUUAUAAGAGGUCAAUGUAACAGGUCUAAAGAUGGUCCACAGAUGAUAGAGCCUAACAUUGCAAUAGGAAUUUGGAAUUAAACAGGUCAUUAGUUAGUUGGAACCAUAUGGUUUUGAUUUAAAAGUAUGUUUUUGUUAACAGAUGUUUCAAAUGAAAUUAUUUAAAGUUAUCACUUGUGUUACAGCCCUGUUGCAUAAGUAUUAUAUUAUAAUAUAUUGUCCUAAUAUUAUCUAUUUAGAGUUUUAUUUUUAUAAUUACUUUGUAUCUCAUUUAUAUUUAUGUUAUGUAAAUAGAAUAUAGAAUUAAUCAAAAAUAAUUUAAAAUCAACUUUUCUUAUUUAGAUUUCAAAAUAUUUGUGUUUAUAUAUGUUUCACAUUUGAAUAACUUAACAUGCUAUUAGUGCAGAUAAAAAUCUAGACGUAAAAUGCAAUGGCUCCUAGGUAGAUUACAUAUUUGUAAGUAAUAUCUAGAUAUAAAUUUAUCUGUGUAAAUGUAAAUAUUAACUAGAAAUUAGUAAUAGUUAUUACUUCACUCUUUUCAAAUGAUUUUUUAUUAUAUUUGCAUUAUAUUAUAUUUAAUUUUGUGCUAUAAGAUAAAGGAAUUAGUUGUAUAUGCCAUCCAGCAUAAAACAAUGUAUCUGAAUAUCAUCUUCGGAAUAAAAGGUGAUUGUAACUAUUAA